AGUAUGGGUCGCAGUGUCACAACGGCAGCAUGUCGAUCAUUGUGCUGGAUGUGUGCUCUGCCCCACCACCACCAGACUGUGCACGCCUCGGCCAUGGCAUUGAGCCUGGACUUGGUCGAAAUCUGGGAGUCUGAUAUUUGUACCCCAGUGGAUGUGAGACAGCGCCUAUCAAAUGGCCUCUUGCAGGAGUGGCUGACAGCACCAGGCAAAUCAACAGCCCAGCGUCUGUACCCACCACGUCCCAGUUUGGCCUACCUACCAGGUACUCACAAUAUGGUCACGCUGAUGGUUUGGGUCGCCGCCCAACCGGGCAGUCAAACAGUUCCGGGUAAGUCAAUUUCCGAGCAGCACCAGAUCGACCUUGACAAGCACCCGUACCACAAGGCCACGGGCAUCGGCUGUGCUCAGGAACCAUGUUCCCAGCACAACCCAUUGUUCGCCCCGCCCCACCUCGACUGGCCUCCCCUGUAGGUCGGCGGCACCCGUCGCACGCCUGUGACAGGCAGGGAAAGCCCUGCUGCCGACUGUUGGCGUCAUGCCCUGGCGACGACAACCGCCGUAGAGGUUGGGCACGCACGCCCUGGUUUGCGGUUUGCGCUUCGCGGCUAGGUCCCCGGAUCGCGGGUCCCCUGGCCGAGGUCCAAGGUCGCCUCGUCCCGUCUGGACUUGACACUCGGCUCAGCAGAGGGAAUGGACGGCAUGGUGCGGCUCCUGCAAUCAGACGUAAAGGACUUCCGAGCCCCCAUCCAUGACAACGGCCUCUGCUCCCGGGGCCCAGUCUCCGACUUCCGCUGGAAGGUUGCUCCAGUUCGUCCGCCCCCGUCCCACUCAAUAGGGUCUAUUUCUAUUCGUAGGGGCAGAUGCUCGACUCCCCGGGACAACAGUCAGCCCAAUCAUUCACAUCUAUCUUGCCUUUGUAGAUGUGUUCGUUGGACGCAUUUCACCCAUCAAUUUUUGCAACCCCGCCGCCUGCCCUCGCCGCCUACGCAUUACCUCCCCGCCUGCGCCCACCGACAGACCUACCUACCAUCUUGAGUAAAAUUCAAGGUAGAUCGGAGCCUGGGCCCGGAACGACCGUUGGCAGCCUCCCGGCCUGUCUAGCUCAGGUACCCGUGUGCGCCUGCGGUGGCUUCCGAAGCCGUUUUGCGUCCCCAUCAACAUUGCAACCCGCCUUUGCUUUCCCCCAAGCCUCCCCGCUGGUCCAAGGCCCUGGUGGCCUGCUUGCCCUCGAGGUUUUUACCUUGUCCUGUAUCGCGGCUGCCGCUUCAAUUUUUCAUCUGCAUUCUCUUUUUCCCCUGCUGUGCGCAGAGCGGUCCAAAGCGAACGUAGCCCCUCCUUCAAACCCACCCCCUCCCUUCCCCUUGCUUCUCCAACAUCCCCCCACCAGACCACAAAACAGAUCCUCCCUGCAAGACACGGCCUGGCUGCCAAAAUGGACCUGGAUUCCUUGGCAAUUCAUGCCAUCGUCCACCCCACAGCCGCCUUCUCCCAAGACGCGGUCCUAGAAGGCUCCGGCGCAACCCCCGCCGGCCUGGGCGACCAGACCGAUCACGCCUCGGACUGGGCUGGCUCCCAGCUUAACCCCAAGAACCGCAUCGACAGCCUGGACUUCCCCAGCCCGCCACUCUGGCGCAUCGACGGGUCCGCCGGCCUCGGCACGCAGUACUAUGCCGUCCCGCUCUUCCUCGGGAGCCUGCCGCCCUUGCGGAUAGACGUCUUUGUUGCCGAGUAUCUGGGCAAGUCCUCUCCCAUCCUCCGCUCCCUGCUCGACCUCGACAAGGCCUUCCACACCAAGGACGCCGCCAGGGUCAACCGCCUCGGCAUCGCGAGGCACAUUGUGCGUGCCUUGCACCUGUGGGCCUCGAACCUCAUCGAGGCCGGCAACAAGGAAGUGCUCGACAACCUCUUUCGCAAGGCGCCCUUUGGCACCAAGAUCAUCUUCCAAAAUCUGGAGCUUGACGUCGCCAACAUCAAUAUCAGCAUCGAUCCCAACCACGAGCUCGAGCUGCGCAUGCUCUCCGUCUCAGACCUGUCGUCCAUGUGGGAUAUCCCAGCCGAAGAAUUCCCUCCGUCCAUCUCUCUCGAUGAUCUGGAGUUUGUGACGCAGCUGCACGACAGCGUCUGUGUCGUGAGGCAGAUAGCUGGGCCAGGGAGUGAUGGCGGUCGUCAUGACGACCACGAUGGCUUGCUCAUCCUCAAGGCCCUUUCGAGCUCCAACAAAUAUCUCUAUCACGAGCUCAGGGUCCUCCUCACAAUACCGGCACAUCCAAACAUCGUGGAACGGCCUCUGCACCUCAUCACCAAACAGGUCAAAUUCGGCAACAAAAAGGGAAUUGUCGGCUUCACGCUCUUCUAUCAUCGUACUAGCUCCAUUCGCGACCAUGUACCCUACAUGAGGAUCCACGGCCAACUCAAGCUGCCGGACCAGGUGAAGUGGGCGACCCAGCUCACAUCAGCCCUGAUCCACAUCCGGGGGGAGGCCAAGACGUACUACCCAGAUCUCCGGCUUGACAACGUCGUACUCUCCGAGGCCGGCGAUGCCGUCAUGGUCGACUUUGAACAGCGCGGCGUCUGGUGCGAGUUUGGCUCGCCCGAGGCCAACAACAUCGAGUUCUUGCGCAUCCUCGCAUGUGACGACCCCUCCGAGUUCACGGGGUACGACGCCGAGCCGACCAUUGGCGAGGAGCUGCGGUCGGGCUACGCGGAGCUGCUGAAGCGGCUGGUGCCCAACUGGGAGGACCUGUACUACAACCGCGAGUACGACAACCCGUCCCAGGGGUACAACCUCGCCUGGAAGGCCCUGACGCCGCCCCAGCAGGAGGCCGCCGAGGUCUACAUGCUCGGGCGCGUGCUCUGGUGCUUGUUCGAGGGCAUGGCGGCCCCCAAGCGCGGCGCCGUCUGGCAGUCGUACCGCCGCGAGCCCGAGAUCGAGUUCCCCGAGUACAGCCGGACACCGUCCGCGAUGCGCCGCCUGAUUGACCGGUGCACGGCCGGUCGGAGGCCCGCCUGGAGCGACAUGGUCGCCCGCGUCCGUAGCCGGGUGGUCCUCAAGAGCGGCGAGGUCGUGUCGCAGCGCGAGCUGCGGCAGCUCGCCAAGACCUGGUGGACGAGCGAACUCCAAGAGAACGGCCUCUACCUGGACAAGCAGGGCCGCGGGGCCGACUUGGACAAGCUCAAGCAGACUGAUGCCUCUGCCCAGCGGCCGCCGCUGAGGGAAGUGCUGAAAGAGCUCGAGGCUUUCAAGGCCUCUAUACCCCAUUCCUAAAGUGCGUGCGCCAUACCUUUCCGAAUGCCCGACCACCCUGGCGACUUUCUUCCAUUAGUGCCACUCGGGAUAUUGGCCUCUCUUACUCUUUUUGUAUCACCCCCUCACUCAUACCACUCCCUUCUUCUUGUCGCGCUUCAUUCCUGACUGUGAUUUACCCCGUUGUUUCCUGAUUCCAUCUCUGAUAGUUUAAUUCUCAAGCUGUUUGUUUUUUGCUACACUGUCUUCCGAUAUAGACUCAACGCUGCAAACCUAUUGAGGUAUUUGACGUGACUCUUGGCGUCGGGCAAUCCGGAAGAUACAACUGAAUACCUUUUUUCUAUUGAUGGGUAUGAAAAGGCCGCCUCUACCCCCUCGUGGGUCCAUUCUUGGGUCAGGUAUAAUAGUAGGCAGUCAGACGGGCCGAGGUGAGAUAUAAGCAUCCUUUUAUAGUUCAUUUUUGGAGAUAGAUUCCCAACACCACUCAAGCCCUGCGUACGUGAACAG